AUCAGCACCCUUCCAGAGAGCCAGGAAUAGAAGCGGUGUCAUCAGACAGCGUUGCCGCAAGAUGAGGACGCCAUUCAUCACUGCUCUGAUGUUGGUGAGCGUUGGCAUGGCCGCCGCUGUUCCCCUACCGUAUGUGCCAACAGGUGACUGCGACUUCUCCGGUUUGGACCUCGACGCUAUGGUGAAUGACAUCAUGGGCAAGUUGCCUACGGAAUACUCGACCAAGAGCGCCAAGCCAGACGAAGUGGUCCCUGGGCUCUACUUGGGCUCCAUUGUCCUCAAGGGCGUGGACAUACUGCGACCGUACGGUGCCGCUCUGGGCUACUGCCGCAACGGUACCAGACUGGUACAGGUGGAUCUGGCAACCACACACGGACCGCUGGCAGCCAUUAUUUCUUGGAAGACAUGCGGAGGACAGAAGGGAACCAUCGAGACGUACACGGGAGCCAGAGUUACCGUUAUAUUCGAGGUCGUGGAUCCCCAUGGCGAGGAAGCAAAAUCUAACGGUGGAGCAGCAAGACUUGUGCACCACAGUGGCCCGAUACCGGUGCACGUGGACGAUGCCUUCGUGUCCCUGAAUGGCGCCGGAGAGUUCUUGGGAACCGCUGUCGCUGUCCUGUCCAAGCUGAUCCCGCAACUUCCAAAGGAGUUUUGGAACGAUACAGUCAGUUACACGCUCAGAAACAUUCUCAAGGAAGCCUCGAACCACUCUUAAGGUCAUGUAUAUGCCAGAAGACAAUGCGCAGCGACAUUUAGCGGCACUGCGUUGCGCUCCCUAUUAUUUGGUGAUGGUGAUUGUAUUGGUAAUA